CACUUUUUCUCUUCUUUUUCUAACUGGCUCAUUUCACAAUCGCCAUUACCCAUCACCACCAAAAUUUGAUAUUCAGUUCCGUUUUCUCUCUCAUUUUUUCCGGCGCCGGAAACUGUGGUUAUGAAGUUCGGCAAGAGUCUGAGCAACCAGAUUGAAGAAACUUUGCCGGAGUGGCGGGACAAGUUUUUGUCCUACAAGGAGUUGAAGAAGCGUCUCAAGCUUGUGGAGCCUAAAGGCGGUGACCGGCCGAGCAAGCGGCCGAGAAUCGAGGACGGAGAGAAGGACGAUUCUUCGUCGAGCGAGGAGAUGAUUUUCAUUAAGUUGCUGGAGGAUGAGCUUGAGAAAUUUAAUAGUUUCUUUGUUGAAAAGGAGGAAGAGUACAUUAUCAGAUUGAAGGAGCUUCAAGAUAGAGUAGGAAAAGCAAUAGAUUCCAAUGAAGAGAUGAUUAAAAUCCGCAAGGAAAUUGUGGAUUUCCAUGGUGAAAUGGUUCUCUUGGAGAAUUACAGUGCUCUUAACUUUACAGGGCUUGUGAAAAUUCUAAAGAAGUACGACAAAAGGACCGGCGCGCUCCUCCGCCUACCCUAUAGUCAGAAAGUUCUGCAACAGCCCUUCUUUACGACCGACCUGCUUUACACCCUCGUGAAGCAGUGCGAGAUGAUGCUGGAUCUACUCUUCCCUCUUAACGAGCUACCUUCUUCUAGUUCGAAUGGAGUCGAUGAAGUUGGUGCUCCUACAAAGCCAGCCACCACCAACAUUGAUGAUCUGCUCAAGGCAACCAAGGGAGUUUCAGAGAUCGAAUAUAUGGAGUCACUUUACAUGAAGAGCACCGUAUCUGCAUUACGGGUUUUGAAGGAAGUUCGAAGUAGGAGCUCGACUGUGAGCGCCUUCUCGUUGCCACCACUGCAAAUGAAUGGAUUAGAAGAGACAUGGAAGAACGUUCCAGUUCUAGAAGAAGUAGCUAAGUAGGAUGGAUCAGAUAUCACCAACUAUAAGGAAGUUCCCUUUUAGUUAUGUACGUCUUCCUUUGAUGUUCGUGUGGAAUACUCGUGAUACUAACAGUAACAUGUAAAA